AUGCCGCCUCAGAUCAAGCAGGAUCUCAACCGAUCAGGAUGGGAGACCACUGACUUUCCCUCCGUCUGCGAGACGUGUCUACCCGAUAACCCUUAUGUCAAGAUGCUUAAAGAAGAUUAUGGUGCCGAAUGCAAAUUGUGUACCAGACCUUUCACCGUAUUCGCCUGGAGCGGUACUCGCGCCAACGGCCGUAAGAAGCGAACAAACAUUUGCUUGACUUGCGCGCGACUCAAGAACUGCUGCCAAUGCUGCAUGCUCGAUCUUUCCUUCGGUCUCCCCAUCGUCGUUCGCGAUGCCGCUCUCAAGAUGGUCGCGCCCGGCCCGCAGUCAGAUAUCAACCGCGAAUACUUUGCGCAAAACAAUGAGCAGCUCAUCGAGGAAGGAAAGGUUGGGCAGGAGGAAUAUGAAAAGACGGACGAGAAGGCGCGCGAACUGCUACGAAGACUCGCCAACAGCAAGCCUUACUUUCGUAAAGGCAGGACUAUCGAGGAGGGAGAGAGCUCCAAGGGUGGAAACGCAGCUGUAGGCGCUGGUCUUGGAGGACCUGGCCCAAUCCGAACCCGAGACACAAAGGCAGCGGCUGCUGCGGGAGCUAGAACUGGUGGUAAGGGUCGCCAGGUCUUCCCCAGUGCUGCUCAGCUCCCUCCUAACCCACGCGACUGGGCUCCUCCAGCCGACAAGAACAUCAUGUCGCUCUUCGUGACGGGUAUCGAGGACGAUCUCCCCGAGUACAAGCUUCGCGAUUUCUUCAAGGUUCACGGCAAGAUCAAGAGCUUGGUAUGCUCACACAUGUCGCACUGCGCAUUUGUCAACUACGAAACUCGAGAGGCAGCUGAGAGGGCAGCUGAAGCAUGCCAAGGUCGCGCCGUUAUUGCAGGAUGCCCUCUACGGGUUCGAUGGGGACAACCAAAGGCUAUUGGUACUAUGGACAAGGAUGAGAGAACGCAGAUUCUGCGAGAUGCUAGACAGCGUCAGGGAGGAUCUCAAGGCCAGCGAUCAAUCGAGGGUGGUGGUAGUUCGGCCAACCGCCAGGCUCUGCCAGCUCCAGUGGCAGCACCCCCAGGAGCUUCCGACACACCUGCUUACGCCGCUCUUACCGGAGACUAA